AUGAGCCAAAGCAUCAAUCUUGAUAUCAACUGCUCUGCUAAUAACAUUCAAGCAUAUUUCGAUCAAGGGAAUUUUUUUGAUAUGUUUGAUGCAGAAACUAUCUCAGAUAUGUUAGAGAAAACAAAACUUAACUGUACUAACUUCAUUACUCUUCUUACGCAAGGUAAAUCAAAAUAUAACUCAUCUGAACUAUAUAGCUAUAUUAGAAAAUGUAAUGUUGACGUUGAAUCAUUUGAUGAUGCAAUUAAUAUCCUCAAAAGUUAUGCAAAGUUACUCAAAUUAAAAUCUUCUCAUUCAUUAAUUGCAUUUUUUGAGAAAUACAAGAAUGAACAAUCAAAUGAAAUUAAUCAAACAAAACUAAAAAUUAAUGAAAAAGAAAAUGAAAUAUCAAAACUUAGAAACAACAUUAAUCAGCUCAACAGUGAAAUAUCAACACUUAAAAACAAAAAUGUUCAACUAGAUAGCGAAAUAUCUACAGUUAAAAAUAAAAACAAUCAAUUACUUCAAUCAAUAAAUGAUUAUGAAAAAAUUUCGGAAUUGCAGAAGUCAAAUGAUUUUAAUGCAAUCUACAAUUUCCUUAAAGAAAUUUCGAAUAAAGGAGAUAAAGUGAAAAUGUCUAUUUCAUGUGCAGCUGGAUUAAGUGAAAAGAGAGAUUCUGAUCAAAAUACUCCACUUCUUUGGGCAUGUUAUUAUGGAAAUCUUCAAUUAACAAAAUCUCUUAUUGAAGGAGGUUGUGAUAGAAAUGCAGUAAAUAAAUUCGAAAACAAUUGUUUAGUUGAAGCAUUAUUAAAUGGACAUCUUGAAAUUGUAAAAUAUUUAAUUGGAAUUGGUUUUGAUAAAAAUUGGCGAACAAAAACUAGUGGAUUUAAUGCAAUUCUUUAUGCGUCACAAGAAGGUCAACUUGAAGUGGUGAAAUAUCUACAAAGUAUUGGUUGUGAUGUCAACUCUAAACAAAAUAAUAAUGCAAAUUGUAUUUACUUUGCAUCAUCAAAUGGUCAUCUUGAAACAGUUAAAUAUCUUGUUUCAGCCGGAGCAAAUCCAAACGAAAAAGAUAAAAAUGGGUUUUCUUCAUUAAUUGCUGCAGCAUCAAAUGGUCAUCUUGAAGUAGUUAAAUAUCUGAUUCAAUAUGGAUGUAAUAAAAAUGAUAAAACAAAUUAUAAUAAUUCUUCGCUUCAUUGGGCAGCAAUGAAAGGACAUUAUAAUGUUGCUGAAUAUUUAGUUUCAAUUGGUGUCAAUCUAAGUGAUAAAGACAAUGGAGGAAAAACUGCACUUGAUUAUGCAAAAGAAAAGCAAAAUGAAAACGAAAACUAUAAGAAGAUUAUGAAUCUUCUUAUUAGAUCAUGA